AUGGGUAAACUGUUCGAACGUUAUCUGGAAGGUAACGAUGUAUAUGAGUGCAAGGGCUGUGGAAUCCAUCUAACUACAUCCAGGGAGCUUAUUUCUACUAGUUUCAGAGGGCGUACUGGUCCUGCAUGGCUAUUUACAAAAGUUGUGAAUAUUUCUGAGGGUCCAUUUGAGGAAUGUAUGCUAACAACAGGUCAACACACAAUCGUAGACAUAUACUGUAACAACUGUGGGUCCAACCUAGGGUGGAAAUAUGAAGAAGCGAUAGAAGACUCCCAGAAAUACAAGAAAGGGAAAUACAUAUUGGAAAAGGCUCUACUCAAAAUCAACAAUCCAAACCAAAACUAUGGCGAAGAAGAUACCUCAGACGACUAA